AUGGACUUGCACUCUUGGGUAUCUGACAAUACCAUGAAGCUUCUUGGUAUGUCUGAGACUACCAUUGUUGAUUUUAUCAUCGCCACAGCACAAAAAGCAUCCUCACCACAAGAGCUAUAUCAGAAGCUAGUCAGUACAGGUGCACCUAGCGAUCCUACCACACAACAGUUUGCAUUCGAGCUAUUCAACAAAGUACCACGCAAACAGAGUAAAUCUGCCGCUGCUGCUGCUGCUCUGGCAGAGAAAGCACAACGCAAGAAAGAGCUAAAGGAAGAAGCUCGACUUCGCAAAGCCAACGAGUCAUUCAAAGUCGUUUUGGAAGAACCCACUGCUGAUCAAGAAGAGGAUGAAGAAGAGAGACGCAUUCGAAAAAAGGAAAAGAAGCUUCGCAAAAAGAGAAGACAAGAGGAUUUGAGCGACGAUGAUACAGAGGUCAAAAUGACUGAAAGUAGUAGAUACAAGAAGCAUGAAGGCGAAAAUUCAGAAGAGGAGCGAGAACGAGAGGCGGAAUUAGAGCGUUUACAAGAUAUCAAAGAGCGCGAUGAACUAGCACAACGACUCAAGGACAAGGACAAGGAGAGAACCAAGAAGCUUGUCGAAGAUAGAUCCGCUAAAGAGGGCAGUGAGGCACAAAAGCGUCGUAAUUUAGCAGAUGACAAGAAGGCUCGACAAGAAGCGUUGCCAGAACUGAGAACUCGAUCCAACCAACAAUACUUGAAAUACCGUGAAGAACAACAAUUAGCGCUUUUGGAACAAGAGAUUGCAGAUGAAGAGCGAUUCUUUAGUGGACAAAAGAUGACUCGCCGAGAAAUUAAGGACUUGGAGUACAAGAAGGAGGUGCUUCGUUUAGCAAAGGCUCGCAUGAACAUUGAUACCAAGGAAGACGGUUAUAUGAUGCCCGAGGAUUACAUUACAGAGAAGGGUAAAAUUGACCGCAAAAAGAAGGAGAAUGCUCUGUACAAGCGCUACGAAGAAGAGGAAAAGUUCGAGACAGAACACGACAUUUGGGAGAAAUCACAGAUCCAAAAAGCAACAGCCAAGCCAUCAGCAGCACAAGAAGCAGAGGAUGAAUACGACUAUGUAUUUGAUGAGGACCAAAAGAUUGAUUUUGUCAUGGCAGCCAAGUUGAACGAACCUGAUCCAAAGGAUGUCGAGUUGCUGGAACGCAUUGAUGCUGCAGAGAGAAAAGCGCAAUCCAUAGAACAGAUUAGAAAGUCGCUGCCCAUUUACCAAUACCGUGAUGAUUUACUGGCUGCUAUCGAUGAAUACCAAGUGUUGAUCAUCGUUGGUGAAACUGGAUCUGGUAAAACAACACAACUUCCUCAGUACUUGUACGAACAUGGAUUCACAAAGGACGGCAAAAAAAUUGGCUGUACACAACCUCGUCGUGUGGCUGCUAUGAGUGUGGCUGCUCGUGUCGCUGAAGAAAUGGGUGUCAUGAUGGGUCAAGAAGUAGGCUACAGUAUCCGUUUUGAAGAUUGCACAUCAGACAAGACCUGUGUCAAAUACAUGACAGACGGUAUGCUGCUGCGUGAGUUCAUGACGGAACCUGAUUUGGCUUCCUACAGCUGCAUGAUUAUUGAUGAGGCUCACGAAAGAACACUGUCUACUGAUAUUUUGUUUGGCUUGAUCAAGGAUAUUGCUCGAUUUAGACCUGAUUUGAAGUUGUUGAUCUCCAGUGCCACUAUGAACGCUCAAAAGUUCUCUGAAUACUUUGAUGAUGCUCCUAUUUUCAAUAUUCCCGGCCGUCCUUAUCCUGUCGAAAUCUACUAUACAAAGGCACCAGAGGCAAACUAUCUGCGUGCUGCUAUUACUCAAGUACUGACUAUUCAUGUCACGCAAGGAAAGGGUGAUAUUCUUGUAUUCUUGACGGGCCAAGAUGAAAUUGAAGCGGCACAGGAAGGCCUUACUCAAGCAUGCAAAUCUCUAGGCAGCAAGAUUUCAGAACUAAUGAUUUGUCCAAUCUACGCCAACUUGCCAUCAGAGCAGCAAUCUCGGAUUUUCGAACCUACACCAGAAGGCGCUCGUAAAGUCAUUUUAGCUACAAAUAUUGCAGAAACCUCAAUUACUGUCGAUGGUGUAUCAUUUGUCAUUGAUCCUGGAUUCAACAAGCAAAAGACAUUCAAUCCUAGAACUGGCAUGGAAGCAUUGACAGUCGUCCCUUGUUCUCGUGCCUCGUCCACCCAACGCGCAGGUCGUGCCGGUCGCACGGGACCAGGUAAAUGUUUCCGUUUGUUUACGCAAUGGGCAUUCUACAAUGAAAUGGAGGAGAAUACAGUACCUGAAAUACAGAGAGUGAAUUUAUCGAAUGUAGUCUUGUUGUUAAAGAGCUUGGGUAUCAAUGAUUUGGUCAAUUUUGAUUUCUUGGAUCCACCUGUUGAGGACACAAUGAUUCGGUCACUUAGUCAACUAUACGCAUUGGGUGCUUUGAACGAUAGAGCCGAAUUAACGAAGCUGGGCAGAAGAAUGGCUGAAUUUCCUAUGGAUCCAUGCUUAUCCAAAGCCAUUGUAGUCGCAGAGAAAUACGAAUGUACAGAUGAAGUAGUCUCUGUGUGUGCUAUGCUGUCAGAGCAAAGCUCUUUAUUAUACCGACCCAAAGACAAGAAGAUUCUCGCAGACACAGCACAUCAAAAUCUAGUGAAACCAGGUGGGGAUCAUUUGACACUACUCAAUAUCUGGAAUCAGUGGGUCGAAACUGAUUUCUCUGUUCAAUGGUGCUAUGAAAACUUUGUGCAAGUCAAGACAUUAGAGCGUGUGCGUAAUGUGCGUGAUCAACUAGUGCAGCUGAUGGAUCGUGUGGAAGUCAAGUUGGUCAGUAAUCCCAACCCUAACGAUCCAGUCCCUAUUCAAAAGUCCAUCACAUCUGGCUUCUUCUUUAACGCCGCAAGACUAAACAAAUCUGGCGAUUCUUAUCGCACAGUGAAGCAAAAUCAAACAGUGCAUAUUCAUCCUAGCAGUGGCAUGCUUGAAAAGAAGCCUAAAUGGUUGGUUUACUUUGAAUUGGUAUUGACAAGCAAAGAGUACAUGAGACAAGUCAUGGAGAUUCAGCCUUCUUGGUUAUUAGAUGUUGCGCCUCAUUAUUACAAGCAAAGUGAUUUGGAUAACUUGGAUGAUAAGAAAAAGAUGCCAAAAAAGGGGCAAUGA